AUGGCUGGUGGCGAUAUCAAGAAGGGUGCCAACCUCUUCAAGACCCGCUGUGCGCAGUGCCACACCACCGAGUCUGGUGGCGGCAACAAGAUUGGCCCUGCUCUCCACGGUCUCUUCGGUCGCAAGACCGGUUCCGUCGACGGUUACGCCUACACCGACGCCAACAAGCAGAAGGGCAUCACCUGGGACGAGAAGACUCUCUUCGAGUACCUCGAGAACCCCAAGAAGUACAUUCCCGGCACCAAGAUGGCCUUCGGUGGUCUUAAGAAGGAGAAGGACAGGAACGACCUCAUUGCCUUCCUCAAGGACUCUUGCGCUUAA